AUGCAUUUCCGAGACUUUGCGCCUCGUACGGCGCUCGUCAGCUCAUUGUUAGCUAUACCACAGCUGGCCUCUGCCUUCUAUCUCCCUGGUGUAGCCCCUACUACCUACAAAGAGGGAGAUAAGGUUCCGCUUUACGUGAAUAGCAUCAAGCCUGUCGACCGCUCCCAAGACCCGCGACUACACGCCGUUGUCUCAUACGACUACUACCACCCUGCGUUCCAAUUCUGUCAACCUGAAGGCGGCCCUCAAUAUGUAUCGGAAAGUCUGGGUAGUAUUCUCUUCGGAGACCGUAUCAUGACUUCUCCCUUUGAGCUUAUCAUGGGCAAGAACGAGACCUGCAAACCCCUUUGCGAAGUCAAGUAUACUGAGAAAUCGGUUCAAUUCGUCAAAAGCCGCAUCGAACAGGGAUACAGUCUGGAAUGGCUUGUGGACGGAUUGCCAGCUGGACAGGAAGUUCUAGAUCAGUUGACUGGCACCACCUUUUACAACCCCCGAUUCUUGCUCGGCCAGGAUGACAAGGACGACAACAUUCUGUUCAAUAACCACUACGAAAUCGCCGUCGAGUAUCAUGAAGUGAACAAGGACCCCAACCAGCGCCGUGUCGUCGGUGUGGUUGUGCAGCCAAGUUCAAAGGAGUAUGGCGGCAAGGCUGAUUGCGCCAACCACCCGCCCAUCGUUUUGUCCGGAGGCGAGCAGCAUGUUACCUUCAGCUACAGCGUGAUCUGGCGCAAGUCAGACACUGCCUGGGCCACUCGAUGGGACAAGUACUUGCACGUGUUUGACCCCAAGAUCCACUGGUUCUGGCUUAUUGAUACUGCUAUCAUUGUCGUCAUUCUUGUUCUCACUGUCAUGUCCAUCCUGGUCCGCGCUCUCAAGAAGGAUAUUGCUCGUUAUAACAGACUCGACCAGAUCGACCUCGACGACUUUGGCGGUACCUCAGUUGUUGAGGAUGGUGUUCAGGAAGACUCUGGCUGGAAGCUGGUCCAUGGCGAUGUCUUCCGAACCCCUUCGCGUCCUCUUCUGCUCUCAGUCUUGGCUGGCAAUGGUGUUCAGCUGUUCUGCAUGACAGGCUGUACCAUUCUCUUUGCUCUCCUUGGAUUCUUGUCUCCUUCAAACCGUGGAUCCCUUGGCACAAUCAUGAUCCUCAUGUACACUGUCCUCGGCUUCGUUGGUGGUUAUGUCUCUGCUCGAACUUACAAGGCAUGGCAGGGCGAGAGCUGGAAGCUGAACAUUGCUUUGACCCCAACCUUGGUCCCCGGUAUUGUCUUCUCCAGCUUCUUCCUCCUGAACCUUUUCCUUUGGGCCAAGCAGUCCUCAGGCGCGGUUCCUUUCACCACCAUGCUUGUGAUUGUUGCUAUCUGGUUCAUUAUUUCGAUUCCUCUCUCGUUCGGUGGUUCUUGGGUUGGAUUCCGUUCUCCUCAGUUCCAGCCCCCUGUCCGCACCAACCAGAUUCCACGACAGAUUCCUCCUGUGAGCACUUACCUUAAGCCCGUCCCUAGCGUGCUCAUUGUCGGUCUUCUCCCCUUCGGUGCCAUCUUUGUCGAGCUCUUCUUCAUCAUGAACUCGAUCUGGUUCAGCAGGAUCUACUACAUGUUUGGGUUCUUGUUCCUCUGCUAUGGUCUCAUGAUCGUCGUCUGCGCUGCUGUCACUAUCCUUAUGGUGUACUUCCUGCUAUGUGCUGAGAAUUACAACUGGCAGUGGAGAUCUUUCCUCGCUGCUGGUAUGAGUGGUGGCUAUAUCUUCUUGAAUUGUCUUUUGUACCUUGUUACAAAGGUCAGGGCGAGUGGACUGGCUGGUAUUGUGCUCUACAUGGGCUACAGUGCCAUCAUUUCAUUCCUCUUUUUCAUUCUUACCGGCUCCAUCGGCUACUUUGCCAGUUGGUGGUUCGUUCGCAAGAUCUACUCGUCCAUCAAGAUUGAUUAA